AUGUCUAAGAAAGUAUUGAUGUUGCAUGGGCUUGCCCAGUCUGGUCCUUAUUUUGAAUCGAAAACGAAAGGUUUUCGUCGGGUCUUAGAACCACUUGGAUAUGAGUUCUUCUACCCUACAGCACCAAUUAAUUUAUCACCAGCAGAUCUUCCUAGCGAUGUUGCAGAUAUCGGCGCUGCUUCUGGGGAUGACUAUCACGCGUGGCUUCAACCGGAUCCGUUGCAUGGGGAGUACAGAUUGCCCGACGUGACUUUGAAAUUCUUGAAAGAGUACGUUGUCGAAAAUGGACCAUUUGAUGGUAUCUGUGGGUUUAGUCAAGGUGCAGGUGUCACUGGAUAUUUGAUGACGGAUUUCAAUAACCUUUUAGGCCUCACGGAGGAACAACAGCCUGCUAUUAAAUUUUUCAUUGCAUUCUCCGGAUUUAGGUUCAGACCUGAGAUUUAUCAAGAGCAGUACAUCCAACAUCCUAUCACUGUAAGGUCAUUGCAUGUUCAAGGUCAGUUAGAUACCGUUACGGAAUCAUCCCAGGUGAAAGGAUUGUAUACCUCAUGUAAAGAAGGAACGAGUACGUUUUUAGAACAUUCUGGUGGUCAUUUUGUGCCUAAUUCGAAGGGUUUUGUAUUGAAGAUCGCUGACUGGUUACAAAACUCUGAAUAG